AAAAAAAAAAAAAAAAAAGCGGAGCGAGAGAGUGAGAAUGAGAGUGAGAGUAAGAGAUCAACAAAAGGAUCAGGAUCUCCCCUAACCUAGCUUUUCUUUCUUUCUUUUGCUUUGACUGAUCUUGCAGAUCAACCUCACCCCCUUCCUCACUCUGUCUGUCGAUCUCAGGAACAAAAAAGAUCACGCUCAGAAAACACCGCCACCAACCCAUCUCUCCUCUCUUUUCUUCCACAACAAAUCAGCGCAUCAGCAAUGGUCAGCUCAACCGUCCCUGUGGAAGGCAGCGACCAUUCGGUGGAGGAGCAAACCUCUCAACAGACCGUCGUGUCUCAGGAGCAACAACAGCAAGCACAGCAGGACUCGGUUGCAACAGAAACAACAACGAUGGAGAAAAAGACUCCUGCUGCGCCUACUGUCAAUUUCUGGAAGGUCCGCAAGGAAGCCAUGAAGCCCUCUGACGAGGUCGAGGCCGAGAAGCGUGUCGAGUCCAUCAUCGAGAACAUCAAAGAGGUCACCUUGGAUGUCAAGGACGACAGUAAAAAGUCGAAAAAGAGCAAAACCAAGCAGGCCGCCCUCCCUUCCUUAGACGAUACGAACGUCUGGCCCGAUCCAAGCGCCUCGGCCGAGAAGGAGACCAAGCAGGAACCCAUCAUUGCCGCUGCACCCAUCAGCAAGAAGGACAAGAACAAAUGGACUCAAUAUACUCCCAACAUCACUCACUCGACCCCAGCGCCCGGCUCCAAGAGCCAUGAUGCCCAGCCCCGCCGCAGAAAGAACUCGACCUCUGAUGCCAAGGCUGCAAACGGUCAAGAUAAUCACAAUAUCUCUUCUAAAAGCACCGACAGUCAACCAGGCCAUGCUCGCCGUGCCUCUGUGCCCUCUAUCUUUGACGGUGAACCUUCUCAGAGCAGCUCUAGCCAUCGUAACCAGAACCGCCAGCAUGGUGGCCGUGGUCGUGGCGGCAAGUCCAAUGGCCCUCGCCCUAACUACCGGGCAUCUGUAGGCAACGUUGCAUAUCUUUACCAGCAUGGAGUUCCUCACCAUGAUACCGAGGCACUCAAGGCCUUCAUUCUUCAGCAAAUGGAGUAUUACUUUUCUGUCGAGAACUUGUGCAAGGACGUCUACAUGCGAACCCAAAUGGAUUUGCAAGGAUACGUUCCCUUGUCGCUUGUUGCCAACUUCAACCGUGUCAAAAAUCUUACUGUAGAUCAUGCCCUGGUCAAGGAUUCGAUCAAGGAUUCUAAAGUCAUCGAGUUGAACGGCGAUAACAUCCGCAAGAAGGGCGAUUGGGCGACAUGGAUUUUCCCUAAGGAGGAUGGCGCUGUUCCAUUCCAGGCUACGCGAUCAUCUUUUGUCUCCCCAGUCAGGAGUCCGCACCCCGUCAGCAUUGUCCCUCCGACUUCCGGCAGCCCUGCCUCGGACGACUGGCAUGUCAAGCAGUCAAAGAUCAAGAAGCGUGCUUCCAUUGUACCCUCGAACCCAGCCCCACAAGCAGCAGCAUCCAGUCCCAGCGCAGCAGAUGACGAUGACGAGGUGUUCCAGUUCGAUGACGACAACCUUGUCGGCGCAGGCCGCAGCGGCACUGUGCAAAAGUACUAUGUCAGCGAUGAGGAAGAUGAGGAUGACGAUGAGUUUGACGAUGACACUGUUGCCAAAAUUUUGAUUGUCACCCAGAAGAAGAAGGACAGGACUCACGGAUCGUACGAGCGCAAGGCCAUGAACGACGAUAUUAACGACAUGAUCAACGAGGGUCUCUAUCACUAUGAAGUCGAUCUGCAGCGCAAGCGUAACAACAAUAACAACCGUCGCGGAAGUCUUGCCCACUCCAACAAGAAGGUCGAGAUGAUUUCUGAGGAACAGUUCGCUGCCCUCACUGGUUCUCAUCCUCGCCAGAGCAGCAUCACCUUGAACUCCAGCUUCAACAACCAGCAAAUUCAGCAGGCCAGCAACGGCGAAGGAAGCAACGGCAAGGGCAAGGGUAAGGGUAAAGGCAAGACCCCUCGCUUCUACCCACUGAAGAACGCUCAGGGACCCAAGGGUGGCAAGCCGGACUCACGUCAACACUUUGCGCAAGCACCCGUCGGAUGGGUUCUGGGAGACCAGCCCUUCCUUCAGUCGGACCUUCCUCCUCAGUCGAUCGGAAACUCGCCUGCAGGCAUGUCGAUGGGAUCCUACACGGAAACCUCAUUGCUUUCGACCUCGUUGGAGGCUCCUCAUUCGUUCCCUGCUUUCCAGCAUCCUUCGCACGAGCUCUUGCACGAGAACGGUUUUAUCCAGCACAAGUACUACAAGUACCACGCCAAAGCCCUGAAGGAGCGUAAGCGUCAGGGAGCAGGACACUCGCAGGAAAUGAACACGCUCUUCCGGUUUUGGUCGCACUUCUUGCGUGACAACUUCAACAAGAAGAUGUACGCGGAGUUUAAGCGUCUGGCGGUCGAGGAUGCGAAUGCCAAUUAUCGCUAUGGUCUCGAGUGCCUCUUCCGAUUCUAUUCCUAUGGAUUGGAGAAGAAGUUCCGCCAGGAUCUGUUCUUGGAUUUUGAGGCGUUGACCUAUGCAGACUUCCAGAACGGACACAUGUAUGGACUGGAGAAGUUCUGGGCGUACUUGUUCUACCGCAAGGACAAGAGCCGUCGCAAGCUGGAUGUGAUGGCGGAGUUGAAGCCGUUGCUGGAGCAGUACAAGAACAUCGACGACUUCAAGAACGCACACGGAAACAAUGCCAACCCACCUAGCAACAACUACACUGUUCCCAACCACGGACAGUAGAAGCGAGGCGCCAAAGAUGGGAUUCUCGCUUUUGAGGAUCCUCAACAUUGACUAUCACCAUGCUUUAUCGUUUUUAUCGAUCCACGCUUAUACAACUCAACCACAAAAAAAAAAGAAAAAAAAAUAGAAAAAAAAUAGAAAAACCAUCUUUCGUUUACAACAACAACAAGCAAAAAAAAUACAUGUAUAGUCCAGCUUUUAUUUUUUUUACAUACACUUUUUUCUGCCUGCUUCUUUCUUUCAAUCCUCACUCCUUCCUUUUUCUCCUCCCUAUUUCUCUUCCCUAUUUCAUUGUAAUAAUAACUAAUAAAAAGAACAAAAAAACGUGAAAAAACGC